AUGUUAGAGAACAAUUACACCAUGCCAACUGAAUUCAUUUUUGUUGGAUUCACAGACCGUCUACCUCUUAGAGUCACACUAUUCUUGGUAUUUUUCAUAGUAUAUAUAUUAACAGUGGUAGGAAACAUGACCGUAAUAAUCUUAGUUAAUGUCAAUUCAAGCCUUCAAACCCCCAUGUAUUAUUUUCUUUGCAAUUUGUCUUUCUUAGACAUCAGUUAUUCUACAGCAAUUGCUCCUAAAAUGCUGGUGAACUUCUUAGCAUCUAGGAAGAGCAUCUCUCCCUCUGGCUGUGCACUACAAAUGUUUUCCUUUGCUUGUUUUGCUGAUGCUGAGUGCCUCAUCCUGGCAGCAAUGGCAUAUGACCGCUAUGCAGCCAUCUGCAACCCAUUGCUCUAUUCUACACUUAUGUCUAAGAGAGUCUGUAUCUGUUUCACACUGUUGGCCUACUUCAGUGGAAGUAUGACUUCACUGGUGCACGUGUGCCUCACUUUCCAGCUGCCAUUCUGUGGCUCUAAUGUCAUCAACCACUUUUUUUGUGAUAUACCUCCUCUCCUGGCUUUAUCAUGUACAGAUACCCACAUCAAUGAGCUGCUACUCUUUGCCUUGUGUGGAUUCAUCCAGACCAGCACUUUUGUGGUCAUAUUUAUCUCUUACUUCUGCAUCCUUAUUACGGUCUUCAGCAUAAAAUCUUCAGGAGGCAGAAGCAAGACAGUUUCUACCUGUGCUUCCCAUCUCAUAGCAGUCACCUUAUUCUACGGGACACUCUUGUUUAUGUACUUACGUCCUACCAACCGCUAUUCUCUAGAGACCGAUAAGGUGGUUGCAGUAUUCUACACAGUUGUCUUUCCAAUGUUUAACCCAAUAAUCUACAGCUUCAGAAACAAAGAUGUGAAGAAUGUUCUCAAAAAACUGUUUGAAAUAUACUGGACUUCCAAAUAA